AUGGCAGAGUUAAGAGCAGCUGUUAUCGCUGAAUAUGUGAAAGGGUACAAACCCGGACACAUAUUCAAACACCUAAAACCGCUCGGAAUCAACCGGAAAUUCGUGUACCGGACCAUAGAUCGGUACCUAGAGACCGGAGGCACCGAGGACAAGGCACGAUAUGGACGACCAAGGUCUGUGAGAACUCCAAGGCUGAAAAAGAUUAUACGAGACCGGAUUCGCCGGAAUCCCGCCCAAUCUGCACGGAAGCUGGCCAGGAACCUUAAAAUGAACCGAGAAUCAAUCCGCCUGCUUCUGCGCAAGAAUUUAACACUUACACCGUACAAAAAACAGGUGGUUCAUGGGGUUACCAAAGCUACAAAGGACAAGAGGUACCAACGGUCGCGGGAGUUGCUCGGUUGGCGCGCAGAUGACGAGAUUAUUUUUUUGGACGAGAAGCUGUUCGUUUUGGAGCAAACAGUCAAUCGCCAAAAUGAUCAAGUUUGGAGUGUGAGCCUCCAGCAAGCUCUUGCGGACAAGCUGAACGUUUCCCGGUUCCAAAAUAAGACGUCAGUGAUGGUUUGGGGAGCCAUUUGCAAGAGAGGUAAACUGCCUCUUAUUUUUAUCGAUAAAGGGGUCAAAAUCAACGCAGCGUACUACCUGGACAUGGUUUUGAAGAAAAAUGUUCUGCCUCAAGCUGAACUAUUGUUUGAAGACGAUUACUACUGCUUCCAGCAAGAUGGCGCCCCAUUCCACACCGCAAAGGUUGUUCAGGCGUGGUGUAAGGAAAACUUGACCGAUUUCAUUUCGAAGAAUGAAUGGCCUCCGUCGUCUCCGGAUCUGAAUCCACUGGAUUAUUUCGUGUGGGGAUACAUGAUGUCGAAGCUGAACGACUAUAAAAAAACAAAUUUGGAGCAAUUCAAGCGAGUUAUCACGAAAAUCUGGGACGAGAUGCCGAUGGAGCACGUGCGCGCCGCUUGCGACGACUUUCCGAGACGUCUGAAGCUGGUUCGAUCAGAGAAAGGUGGUGUAAUUCCGAGAUAUCGUCUGUGA